AAAAGGACAGAAAACGUUCAUCUCCUUCUCUUUCGUCCCUAUUUAUUUGAAUAUAUUAUAAAAUCUUCACAUUCUCUCCACAAACUCUCUCUCUCUCUCUCUCUCUCUCUCUCUCUCUCUCUCUCAAAUUUCAUUUAUUUGGGCUUUUUCUCUUUGGUGGGGUUUUCCUCUAUUGGAAGAGGAUGUUGAAUAGCUGAUUUCUUUUCAUUGAAGUGGAUUCUUUUGUUUGGGUAUAGUUGAAAUGGAGAGGGGCAUUUAUUGGGUGCAUUUAAUGGUGUUGGUGUUCUGUUUUGUGUGGUCUUGGAUUAGAAUUUCGUGUCAGGAAGAUGAUGCUGCAGCCAUUUAUAUUGUUACAUUGAAGCAAGCUCCUGUAGCAGGUUCUUUCUAUAAUAACUAUGAUAUGAGUUUGAACAGUGUACGUAAAGGAGCUACUGAGACAUUAAAUACACUCAACAAACCAAGAAAUAUUUCGAGUUCUGAUCGGCGUUAUAGUUCAUACCUGGUUCGGUAUCACAAUGCAUUGUUAAGGAAGGUGUUGAAAGGGGAGAACUAUUUGAAGCUCUACAGUUAUCAUUACUUGGUUAAUGGGUUUGCUGUUCUUAUAACCCCUCCACAGGUAGAGAAACUUUCAAGAAGGCGAGAAGUGGCGAAUGUGGCCUUGGAUUUUUCAGUCAGAACAGCAACCACCCACACUCCACAAUUCUUGGGCCUCCCUCGUGGUGCAUGGGUGAAAGAAGGCGGGCCGGAAUUUGCUGGUGAAGGAGUAGUUAUCGGGUUUAUCGACACAGGGAUUGAUCCAACGCACCCCAGUUUUGCUGAUGACAUUUCUGAAAACCAGUAUCCAGUUCCCGCCCACUUUUCGGGAAUCUGUGAAGUUACAGCAGAUUUUCCAUCUGGGUCUUGCAACAGGAAGCUUAUCGGAGCCCGUCACUUUGCUGCAUCUGCUAUAACUAGGGGAAUCUUCAACGCUAGUCAGGACUAUGCUUCGCCAUUUGAUGCUGAUGGCCAUGGAACACAUACAGCUUCUGUUGCUGCAGGAAACCAUGGGAUUCCAGUCAUUGUUGCCGGGCAUCGUUUUGGGAAUGCAAGUGGCAUGGCUCCUCGUGCACACAUUGCUGUUUACAAGGCGUUGUAUAAAAGCUUUGGGGGCUUUGCUGCAGAUGUUGUUGCUGCCAUUGACCAGGCGGCUCAAGAUGGAGUGGAUAUAAUAAACUUAUCUAUCACUCCAAACAGACGUCCUCUUGGGCUGGCAACUUUCUUCAAUCCUAUAGACAUGGCAUUGCUCUCAGCUGUAAAAGCUGGCAUAUUUGUUGUCCAGGCAGCAGGAAACACAGGGCCUUCACCAAAGAGUAUUUCUUCUUUCAGUCCAUGGAUAUUCACGGUUGGUGCUGCCGCUCAUGACAGAAUCUACAAUAAUUCAAUCAUCUUAGGCAACAACAUCACCAUAUCAGGUGUUGGACUCGCAUCGGGAACUCACAAAGGCAAAAUGUACACUCUGGUUGCUGCAAUUCAUGCUUUGAACAAUGACACAGACGUGAUCGACAUGUACUUCGACGAAUGCCAAGAUCCCAGUCUUCUGAAUCAGGAGUUGGUUCACGGAAACCUCUUAGUCUGUACCUAUUCAAUCCGCUUUGUGCUUGGGCUCUCGACUGUCAAACAAGCCUUUGAAACAGCCAAAAACCUCAGUGCAGUUGGCGUCAUCUUCAACAUGGAUGCUUCUGUUGUUGGGUUUCAGCUGAAUCCAACUCCCAUGAGGAUGCCGGGCAUAAUAAUUCCAUCUCCUGAUGAUUCCAAGAUUUUACUCCGAUACUACAAUUCUUCCUUAGUGAGAGAUGCAUCGAUGAAGAAAAUCAUCAAUUUUGGAGGUGUUGCCAGAAUAUUAGGAGGACUAAAACCAAACUACAUCAGUUCGGCACCAAAAGUUAUGUAUUAUUCUGCUAGAGGACCAGACCCGGAAGAUAGUUUUCUCAACGAUGCUGAUAUAAUGAAACCAAAUCUAAUAGCUCCUGGUAAUCUAAUCUGGGCUGCUUGGAGUUCUCUGGCUACCGACUCUGCUGAAUUCGAAGGUGAGAAUUUCGCCAUGAUCUCUGGGACAAGCAUGGCCGCUCCUCACAUUGCUGGGCUUGCUGCACUGAUCAAACAAAAAUUCCCAAAAUUCAGUCCUUCCGCCAUUGGGUCCGCACUCUCUACAACUGCUUCAGUGCAUGACAGACAAGGAGGCCCAAUCAUGGCCCACCGCGCUUACAGAAACCCAGAUCUAAACCAGUCCCCUGCAACUCCGUUCGACAUGGGAAGUGGAUUUGUUAAUGCAACAGCUGCAUUAAACCCUGGUCUAAUCUUCGACUCCGAAUUUAGUGACUUCUUAUCGUUCCUCUGUGGCAUCAACGGUUCCAGUCCUGUCGUACUGAAUUACACUGGCCAGAGCUGUGGGACGUAUACCAUUACCGGCACCGACCUGAACUUGCCUGCCAUCACCAUAGCCUUUCUAAACCAAUCAAGAACAGUUCAAAGAACGGUCACUAACAUGGCUGCAAAUGAGACUUACAACGUUGGUUGGAGUUCCCCUUUUGGAGUUUCAGUUUCAGUGACACCCAAUCAUUUUUUCAUUGGUAAAGGUCAGAGGCAGAUCUUAACUGUUCUUUUUAAUGCCACCAUGAAUAGCUCCAUUGCCAGCUUCGGAAGAAUUGGGCUCUAUGGUAGCAAUGGCCAUAUAUCGACUGUUCCAUUAUCUGUGAUUUCAAAGAUUGCAUCUAACAUCACUAACAGCUGAAAAAGAUACGUUGCUGCUGAUUCAUUUUUUAUUCUUUCCUAUUUGUGUGUAAAUGUUAAAGCAUCUUUGUAAAAUGUAGCUCCAAUUGAUUAAUUGAAGAAUUCAAAUAAAUU